UCUAUCUUCAUCAUCAUGCACCAUAUAAUAUCAUAUGGUCUUUUGGUACCUAAUCGUCAACUCUAUCUUUUACUACCUCAAUCAUGGACAAGAAACCAAGCUCAGAAUCACAAAUUACUACUAUCGAUGUCCUAAAAGCUAACGAUCUUCUACAUAAUAGCAACUAUCGUUACCUUGACGUCAGGACUGAGGAAGAAUUUAAUAAAGGUCAUGUUGAUUAUAAUGAUGUACUCAACAUUGCUUACAUGUUCAAUACCCCUGAAGGUAGGGUGAAGAAUCCCAAAUUCAUGGAACAAGUACUACCAGAAUGUACAAAAGAUGAGCAUCUUAUUGUGGGUUGUCAAUCGGGGGUCCGUUCAGUUUAUGCAACAAUUGAUCUUCUUGAUGCAGGAUUCAAGUAUGUAUACAACAUGGGAGGAGGCUAUCUAGCAUGGGUACAGAAUGGGCUGCCAGUCAUUGUAGAGACACCCAAUAAUGUUACACCCAAUGUUAUACCCAAUAAUGUGGGCCUCUAAAGCCCUAUACUUUUUUUAUACAAGUUUGCCGAGAAUAAUUAGAGUGUUGGGUUUGUACAAUCAUAUUAUUCGUAUACCAUUCGCUUAAUUUGAUAUACCCACUUUUUAACACUAA